GAAAUCUAUGUUAAAAUCUCAAACGAAGCUGAACAGCUUUAUUAUCAAAUUAUUAAAACGGAUCAUCCGCAAAACGAACCAUCCCUAGAAGAACCUCCACCGGUUAUUCCUCAACCUCCUAUAGAGGAAUUCAAUUUUCCCAAUAAUUCUCUUUUGUACCCUUCUUUUGCACCAAUUUCACCAUGGCGCUAUUAUCCUUUAGAAAAUCAAAUUUAUCAAUUUGGUUGUAUUAACGAUGGCUUAUCAAAUCAGUUAACUUUUCCCCCUACUGAAGCUCACUCGGUCUUCUCUUUAGAUAUCAAUGAUCUUUCUAGUAUUAACUUUGACACUUUUAACAAUAAUUAUUCAGCAUUAA